UGUAGCACACAUCGUACUAUUACAUGCUCGUACGUUAAUUAAAAUGGAGUGGACUGAAAGUUUAUACAAAGACAUGAUUGAAAUGGUUUCUAGCAGGGAUUUAACAUUAUUAUAUAUUUUUUCAAGUAUAUAUGUUGUUAUGGCAAUUAUUGUGUUUUUCAUUCUAUUAUAUGGGAUAACUGCACCGUACGGAAGGUAUGCACGCGGCGGGUGGGGUAUUUUCGUUAAUGGGAAGUUUGCGUGGUUUAUACAGGAAAUACCAUCAUUCGCAAUCCCAGUAGCGUUCCUGAUAUAUGAUCAACAUGCGCCCAAGUUUAACAUGAUGCCGAAUAUGUUCCUGUUCAUGCUGUUUUCCAUUCAUUAUUUCCAAAGAGCAUGUAUCUUUCCUUUUCUGAUAAAAGGGGGGAAGCCGACACCAUUCGUUCCAUUCAUUAUGGCUCUAGUGUUUUGUCUUGUUAACGGAUACCUCCAAAGUGCCUCCCUUCUCUACCACGCUGAUUACGGUCCAGAUUGGUUGACCAGGCCUCAUCUCUGGUUUGGGACAGCGAUGUUUGUGUUUGGAAUGGCUGUCAAUAUACAUUCUGAUCAUAUUCUAAGGAAUCUCAGAAAGCCCGGAGAAACUGGAUACAAAAUACCGAAAGGAGGAAUGUUUAACUACGUCUCCGGAGCAAAUUUUUUCGGUGAAAUGUUAGAGUGGGCGGGAUUUGCAGUAGCCACGUGGUCUAUUCCAGCGUUAGCGUUCUCAUUCUUCACGUGCUGUAACAUUGGCCCACGUGCAUGGCAACAUCAUAAGUAUUACCUACAGAAGUUUGAAGAUUAUCCCAAAGAUCGUAAAGCUGUGAUUCCAUUUAUUUUAUGAACAUAUAGUCAACUGUCAUACUGUGUAUUCAUGUUUGUGAUCUCUCGUUGGAACUUGGACUGUCUGAUAUUACAUAAUAUCUCCACUGAAGUUUCUUUUAGUCUGACACGCUUUGUGAUCCUCAAUUACUUGUAAUUAUUUUUCUGUUUUUCGUUGUUCUUUACAAGCCAGUCUCAUACCUAGGAUUUGUUUUGCAAUAAAAUGUUUUAACAAAGUCGU